CCGAAGCGGCAACAAAAAUACAAAAAGCGGAGGGUUCCGCAGUCGCAGUAGCACUCGAAGUCCGCCCGAAAAUAUCCGCAGCUAAAAAUUUUCGAAUAUUUGCCACCAAUAUCCAUCGAUCGAUCUACCAUCCAUCGCGGCGUGUUCGCGUUCUCCGGUUUUUCCUCAUUUUGUGAAAAUUGUGUGCUAUCCGGGAAAAAGCCAAACACUGAAAUCCCCGCAACGGACGAAGGAAACAAAAGUGUAAUUUUGGAGUAAAAAGCAAUAGAAAAUAUUGAAAAAUAUCCGAGUGUUGUGUCUGAUCUGUCUCGAAAAUGAGAAAAUUGAAAGAUUGCAAGAAAAUGUUGAAUUGUUGCUGCAAUAAAUAAAUUCUUGCAAAUUGUUUAAAGUGCUUUAAAGAGUGCAAGAAAAACCAACAUCCAAAAACCAACGCGUUAAAAAUACAGAAUCGUAAAACUCACAAAAAAAGUAAAAGAGAUAAACAUAAAAAAGGCAGGAAGCGAUGCCUAUUCCUUCUGACAUGACACGAAAGUCAUUGCAUAUGAUAAGAUGCAUUAUCAGCGGGGAAGACGAAGAUGAAGAUCCGCAAUUGAAAAGUGUUCAACGCGUCUACGAUAUGAUAACCUAAUUUCCAUUGAAAAUCAUUCAAACACACAGAGAGAGAGACUCGCCUCUAAAUAAAACUCAACGAUAAAAAACAAAACCCAAAAAAAAAACAACGAAACCAAAACGAAAGUAAAAAAAAGGGAAAAAAAGAUUUCUUUAAAGCGAAGGGGCGUACGUUUCAUAUGUUUCAAGGGCGUGGCGCCCAAACAAACUAUAAACAUCCACACAGGGGAGCGGAGAGGAGAGGAGCAGAGAAGAGCGAACAAGCGAGAGGUGAAAUAUAAACAUUGAGAGGAGGAGGAGCAGAAAAGACUCUUGUGAAAUUCCCUUAAGUUGUGAUCUUUGAUGCGAAUAAACCUGCGCUUGGACUGGAGGGCCCUGGCGCUGCUGGGCGCCCUCCUUUCGUGUCUCAUUGCCUGGCAGGGCUGUUUGGUAUUUGCGAUGCCAAUGGCAAUAACAACGAUAUCGAACCAACAAAUAAACAACACGAACAACAGCCAUUCAAAUAGUACUCGGUUUAGUAAUAGUAAUUAUCUACAAAGUGAUCAUAGUCGUAGUAAAUUAGUGAGUGUAAUAAAUCAAACAACAAAUCAAAGUAUUAAUGCUGAAUUUAAUCAGAGUUUAACCAUGCAAUCAACUGCCAUACAAACAACAACAACAGAAGAAACAACAACAAUAGAAGAAAGAGAAACAGAAACCACAUCACAAUCCUAUGAUCAGCAGCAGGAUGAUGAUGAUCAAGUGGAGGAACCGCUGGGAUUUGUCAUCUCUGCGGCAAGUCCAAGCGAACAUCUAGCGGUGCUAUCGCGCACCGAAAGGAGCAUCAGACAUCAGCAGAAAAAGCAUCAUCAUCCGCAGCAUCAUCAACAUCAACAGCAACAGCAACAACAACAGUCCCCAUCGGCUGAUAAUAAUAAUUUCAUUGGUUCGAAAUCGAAAAGACUGAAUAACUCUAGAAAUAAUCUAAACAUAAAUAGCAGUAACAGUAACAGUAAUAACAAUAGUCCCAUCAACAAUCUGGAUCGUAAUGAACGCUCCACUGUGCCACAAUCGCAUCUGGCAUGGACCUCCCGCAAGAUCCAGUUGUACAUCAAAAAUCGCAUACUCCAACUGCUGCCCGAUGGCACUGUCAAUGGGACCCAAGACGAGCAGAGUGAAUACACGAUUCUCCAGCGCUCCACUGUGGAUGUGGGACGCAUUAAGCUGCAGAGUGUGGCCACAUGCCUGUAUCUGUGCAUGGAUGCCUGUGGCGCUGUCUAUGGCUCGCUCUUCGAUUUGUUGCAGAAAGACUUCACCGACGACUGUGUCUUCAACGAGAACAUGGGCCUGCAGAACUACAACACAUACUCCUCCACCUACAACUCGAAUGCCCGAAGGGUCUACUACUUGGCCCUGAAUCGUCAUGGCGAGCCCCGGCGGACACAGAUCCCGGCCAGCCGUUCGCUGGGCAAGCUAACCACCUACACGAAUGCCAUCACGGAGACGGUGCCGCAAGAGCGUGUGGAGCAGUUGAUAGCCAAGAAUUUUGGGGCAAAUCGCAUCAAGCAUGGCGUACGGCAACUCUGUGAUACGGGCAAGCCGCUGAUUGAAUUGAUUGAUGCGGUGAAUUUCAAGAAGCCACCAGAGUGUAGCAGCAGCAGUGGCAGUAGUAGCAGCAAUGGAAGUGGCACGAGUGGCACUAGCAGCAGUGCGAGUGCUGCCAUCACCACUAGCUGUGGGGGAAGUAGCAGUUUGUUGUGCCCAGGCACAGGCACAGGAAGUGCAAAGCAAACUGCUACUUCCUCCACAACUGGCAGAAAUAGUGGCAUUGCAGUGCCUGUGCAUGCGGCCAGUGCCGGUAGCCUGAUUAGUAUUAGUAACAGUAGUCAAAGCGAGAGCGGCCAUAUUAGCAGUAGCAUUAGUACUAGCACUAGUAAUAGUACCAGCAAUAGCAGUAGCAAUAGCAGUAGCAGUAGCCAUAGCAGUUCCCUGCAUCCCCCUCCGCAUCUGCAUCCAAAGCAGAACAAAAAGAAGAAGCGACGCAUGUGCAAGCUCCACGAAAGCGAGGAGCAGCACAAUUGCCCAAAGCGACCCGCGGGCGGUGCUGGAGCGCUGAGAAAGCGCGGCCCCAAGGCACAGCGUUGCAAGGAGCUGCGUGACAAGGCGGCGGCAGAGGGUGGUCCGCCACCCAACUGUGGCAAGAAGAAUGGUGCAAAAAAGAAUGGAGGCGCAGCAGAAGCAUCCUCGUCCCUGCCCAAGGCCGUCCAUCAGCGUCCGCGAACGGUCAAUGGCCAGCCGGGUGGCAAAAAGAAGCCACCGAAGGGCGGCAAGCAGCGUCCGAUGGUAGGCAAGAAGCAACUGCAGCAGACCAGAGGGGCAGCAUUGAACGGUGGCAAGCAGCGCAAGCAGCGUCCCGGCACCACGACGACGAUGGCCACCAGCCUGGCCACGCCCUCCGACACCCACUGGGAGAGCAGCUCCCCGCUGCCAUCGAUGGCGCUAAGCGAAACCAGCGAUCGGGUGGAGCGAAAUGUCCGCAUGAGCAGCGUGGAGGAGGAGCAGGACGAGGACGAGGGAUCCCUGGAGGAUGCCAGCUACGAGGAUGCCACAUCCGAGGCGCAUGCGCGCAGCGGUGGCGGCGCCGCAGCAGGCGAUGAUUCGCUGUACUACGAUUUCGGACCAUUGUCCCCCCAGCGAUGAUACCCCCAUAAACACACACACAUGAUGAAUAUCAAAAUGUAUUACGACGGAGUCUCGAGUAUUUUAUAAGAACGCCCCAAAAAAUUGGAUUAGAAUUACCAUCGAAAUGUACGAUAAAUUGCACGCUCAUCCGACAACAGAACAGAACAGAUAUGUAUAUGUAUAAUCGCAGGCCAUAACACCAGAUCUAAUAAGAGAAAGUCUAUUGAAAUACUUGAGUCUCUUGAAGAACGAUGAAAAAAAUACUCAAAAAUACGACCACAUUGAAAACAAUAACGAUAACUUGCAGAGUACGCUUUAAAUCAUUUGAAUCGUUUGUAAUCGCUGUUAACGAAGCUGAGAAAAUUUCGAAUAUGUUGAGAGAACCUUCUUGUACAUAGAAACACACGGUUUUAGUCCCUAGGUUAAGUACUAUGAAAACGAUUAAAAAAAAACUCACAAAUCACAAGAAUUGUAUUUUUAUUUAUAAACAUUUUGAGCAAAACAAACUAAUAUGUAUGUAAUUUAUAUUUAUUUUCGAAUCGAUCGAUCGGCCAGAGAUAAGCGUGAAAUUAUAGCCAGUAGUUUUUUGUAUGUAAAAAUUGAGUUAUUUAUUUAUUUGCAAAUACUAUUUAUUUAUAGACUACUAGAUUAAGUUUCCCUAGAACUAACAGAUCUUUGUUAUACUUAAAAAAAACGUUUCCAUCUAAGUGAGUAGAACGAGAAAAGAGCAUGAGAAAGCAAAGCAAAACAGAACUAAACAAAAUAAAAUUAA